AUGGGCAUUUGUGUCACUAAAACUAAUAAAGAUAAGCCAUCAAAUCUAAUUCGUCUAAUAAAAAUAGAAAAUGAAAAUACUAUCCCUAAACCUUUCACUUUAAUUGAAUUUUAAAUAAAGAUUUUAAGUACAUGGUAUAGGAUGGACCAAAUGCUAACCAAAUUGAUCUCUUGUGAUAGAACACUUCCAAUUAUUUUAUUACAAAAAGCCAUUAAUCAAAUUUUAAUGGGUUAAAGUACAAAUCCCCUUAUGAAUGAUGUUACAAUAGGCUUAAUAUUGGAACUAAUGGAGAAACUAGCUUUUUAGAUUGAAGAAUUAAUAAGAGAAGAGCUUCUCACAGAAGAAGUCAGUACAAAGUUCUAUCAAUCUUAUACUUUAAUUGCAGAACUUUCUCUAGAAUACUCAAAUUGGAGAAAUAAUUCCACUAUUGAUAAAACUCAACUUUGA